AUGUUCAAAAAGAGACCAAUUAUAAAAUCAUUUUCUAAUCUUCGUAAUUCUGAACGGAGAAAAUUAGUGAAAGCCACGAUUACUGACUACACUUUACCCGAGUUAUCAUUGUCUUCGAAAUUUCUUGAGCAGUAUCUUUUUCCAAAAGUCAUUGAAAAGGCAGUAUUCAAAACAAGAACUGUUGCGGGUACUAUAUAUGUGGAUAAAAAUACUGGAAAGCCGAUUUGGUUUGAAACAAGAGAUUCUAAGCGUCUUAGGCCCACUCUUUAUACCCUUUGGAAAUCUCCUUACCUCCUUCCGAUUGUGCACACACCAGCAGAUGUGGUCAAGCGUUUAAUUAAUGGUGCUGAUUUAAUGAUCCCCGGAUGCAUUCCACCAUUUGAUUCGGAACUAGUGGAAGGCGCUUUAGUCUCUAUAUCUGCAAUAGAAUCCCCAAAGGUUAUUGUUGCUAUCGGCUAUUGUGAAGUCAAUCUUGCUGGUCUUACGAAUGUUUCAACACUCAGUGGAAGAGGUGUGAAAAUUAUUCAUUGUUAUAACGAUGAGCUAUUUCGAAUCGAGCAAAAGCUUGAGCCUGAUCCACUUCCACAUGACUAUGAUAUAACUCUUCCUGUUGACAAGGCUAAGUUACUUGUUUUAUUGCAAAGUCAGCAGAGUGAGGAUGAUGAUGGCUCUAUAGAAAUAUUUAAUAACAAUAAAAGAGAGCAUGAAAUUAAUGAAAACAAGGAUGAAUUGGGUGGGGAUAAUAAGACAAAACAUUUGAAUCAUAGCGAUGAUGAGAAUGGUUAUCAACUUUCCGUGGAGGAUGUUGAUGAUUUCUUCAUUCGUGCAGUUGUAAGUGCUAUCGCUCAGGACAAACUAGAACUACCGAUGAAUAUUUCAACAUUUAUUUCUGCACAUGUUCUUGAAAAUCUGCCCCCAGUUAGUUCGGAUAUUGUUAAUAUGAAAAAGACAUCAUGGAAAAAGCCUCUCAAGUUUUUGCAGGCAAUGCAAAGUCUGAAACUUCUUAAACUAAAAGGCAAGGGUACCAAUGUUAUGAUUACUGAAGUUGCCGGAAAGGAGCAUCCAAAAAUUGCCAACUUUGAGCCAUACAGAACGGUAAAGCCAAAAAAGAAUAGGACGAAGAACAGAGAGAACACUGUUUCACCGGACUCAGUUAUAAAUGUUUUCCAAUUCUAUUCUCCAAGGUCUUGCACUCGUGAGUUUUUUAAUAAGCUCGAUGAGAAUUUUGAUCAAUACUAUGAGGCACAUGAUAUACAUGUGUUUUUGGAUACGUACAUCCGAAAAUUUCAUCUACCUUUACCAAGUGAUAGGAAGAUAAUAAGAGUGGAUGAAUCCUUGCGAAAUAUGGGUGUUAAGGGUGAAAGAGGUAAUUUAGUCAAGAGAAAUUGUGUUUAUUCAAUGAUAAUGGCACAUAAAGCAAACUUCCAGCCUUAUUACAAGAUUGAGAAUGCACUGUUGGAAGAAAAUAGUAUAACAAGGACAAAGGGAAAGUUAAGGAAAGGAUUUCCACCAAAAAUUAAUGUUGGUCUCGAACUUAAAAUUGGACGUAAAGUGAUGACUGCAAUAUCUGGUCUUGAGCCCUAUGACAUUGAACCGCAAGAUUUGGCGGCUAUUCUUAAGAAUAAAUGUUCUGGAUCGACAACGAUCUCUAAGCUUGAUGAUUCGCAAGCAAAGGUCUCUGUACAGGGAUCUCAUAUUCAAAAUGUUCAGGAAGUUUUGACAAAAAAAUACUCAAUUAAAGAAUCAUGGAUUAAUAUUCUAGGUACCCGGCGGAUUCAUAAUCGGAUGAAGCGUUGA